AUGCUACCGGACGCCGCCAUCUACGACUACGAUACGCCCCGCAAGCCGCCAUGGACGCCGCCACCAGGCGACGCCGCAUCACCGCCGCCAUCCCCGCCGGCUCCAAGGCAGUCGUGCGCGGCGUGCAAGCACCAGCGGCGUCUGUGCACGGCGAACUGCAUCCUGGCACCUUACUUCCCCGCCGACUGUCCCACGCGGUUCCGGAACGCGCACCGGCUGUUCGGCGUGAAGAACAUCCUCCGCCUCCUCGAGGAGGCCGGUCCAGAGAACAGAGACGACUGCGCGCGAAGCAUCAUAUACGAGUCCAACGCCCGCGCGGAGUACCCGGUGCACGGCUGUGGAGGCAUCGCCAGAAGCCUCGAAGACCAGUGGGAGCGCGAGGCUGCCGAGCUCGACAUGCUGCGGCGGCGACUGGCGGCGUGCCGGGAAACAUGCUGCCUGCCUCAGCCGCAGCCGCCAUACCCUCCUUGCGUCGCAUUGCCGCUGGCGACAGCAACACAUGAGCCGAAGACGUACGACGAGCAGGGGCAUGCGAGAAAGAAGAUGAUGCGUGCCAAUGGGCAAUGGCGUGCGGAGGAAGAUGAAGUAAGAAGAAGGUGAUCUAGUACGUGGAACGACAUCAACGC